AUGGCCAAGCCCGCCCUCAAGGCCUCCAGAGAAUUCAUCGCAGCAAAAGACUAUAAAAAGGCCAUAAUAAGCGCAAAAAAAGCGCUAGAAUAUGAUCCUCGUAGCUACAAUGCAUACGUACUCCUUGGAAUCGGGUAUUUUAACGAAUCGGAGCAGGAUGAGUGCGAGAAAGCGUAUAGGAAAGCACUAGAUAUCGACCAGGAGGCAUAUCAUGCAUGGAAGGAACGCGCAUAUAUUAGGUUAAUUGGAUGUAUUUUAAGUGUUUUUAGGGGAUUUCAUAUAUUAAGCGGUGAAAAGGAGAGAUGCCUUGAAAGCCUAGAAAAACUGCUUGAAUUUGUAGAGGAGAAAGGAAGUUUAGGGCAGAUAUUAAGAACGCUGGAGUUUUAUCUUCCAUCGGAGCAAUUCUAUGGAUAUUUAGAGGGAUGCAUUGUUUCGGCGGAAGUUACAUGUAUAAAGAUGAUAAAAGUAGCAGAGGAUCAUGAGAAGGAACGAAUAAACAAAUUAAUGGCUAAACAGCGUGGAAGACUUGGGUUUACAGCAGAGGAAAUAAGUAGGAAUGUAAAGAAGGAGGUUUAUGGGGAAUCUGCUUUGGAAAAAAUAUAUGAAAAUGCGUUGAAUUGGGUGGAAGAGGAUGGAUUACGUAGGGAGAUUGAGGUGAAAUUGCUUAAUCAUUGUUAUGAGCAUCUUAAGAUGGUUGAUGAGAAUGAAAAAAGUGAUAAGAGGGAAAAGGUGUUGAAACUUGCAUCUGGAAUGGUUAUUGUUGGAAGUCAUGAUGUUUUACCUUGGAUAAUUGUUCUUGAAUGGAAAGAUUUUGGUGAAAUUGAUGAAUUGAAUAUUGUAUUUAUUCGGGACUUUAUUUCUUUAUUUCCGGAGCAUCCUAUGGGAUUAUGUCUUCGAGGAGUUUUGUCUUUGUAUUUAAAAUCAUCAAAAACAUUUGUUAAUGAGGGAACCGAGUUUAAGAAUGAUUAUAUAUCGAAGAAUAUUUCAUGUGAGUUGUUUGAUGAUCCUUUGGAUGCUUUUAUUGAAGCGACUGAGAAUUUGCCAAAUUCAGUAUUCUGUUAUCGCUUUUUAGCACGUUCUUAUCUUUCUAUGAAAGAGUAUGAAAAUGCUGCUAUGGUUUCUCAAAAGGGCUUAAAGGUUCUUUCAAAUUUUUCGCAGGAGAUAGGUUUAUUGCUUCCUCUUGCACAACAAGAUUUGAAAUUUCACUUGGCUCUAUCAUAUGUAUAUUAUAAAUCACCUAAAUUUCAUGAUCAGGCAUUGGAAUUAUUUGAUGAAAUACUUGAACUAUCUUGUAAUAAUGUCAUGGCAUUACAUGGGAAAGCAAUUAUAUUGCAAGAAAAAAAGGAUUUUGCUUCAUCUAUUGAUUUGCUUUUGAAGGCAAAAGAUAUGGAUCCUAAUAAUAUUCUUAUUUUAUCAGAGAUUGCAUGGUGUGAAAUAAAUACAAAAAAAUAUCAAGAUGGAUUAGAUAAACUUGAUAUUUGUAUAGAAAAAAUGAACAAUGAUAUUUCUCUUUCUGGAUAUAAUAAGGCUGAAAUAUGUUGGAGAAAGGGCGUUGGUCUUUAUGAACAGGGCAUUGAAUCAAAAAAGUCUGAAUCAUAUUCGUUUUUUAUAACCUCUUUAAAAUACGACCCUACUUAUUCCCAUUCAUUUGUAAAUCUAGGUAUAUUUUAUGCCGAUAUUUUGAAAGAUGAAAAUAGAUCUAUGAAAUGUUUCCAGAAAGCAUUUGAAUUGAACGCUGGAGAAAUUGAUGCAGCAGAAAAUCUUGUCGUUACAUAUGCGAAAACGGGGGAAUGGAAUUUGGUAGAGGCUAUAGCAAAAAUUGUACUUUCUGCAGAUAGAAUACAUAGAAGAUAUAGUCGUGAUUUAUCAUGGCCACAACGCUCAUUGGGAAUAGUUGAAAUGAAUUCUAAAAGAUUCAAUAGUGCUAUUGUUUAUUUUCAAACUGCCCUGAAAAUAACACCAAGUGAUUCUCAUUCUUGGUCAGGUCUUGGAGAAGCGUACGCUAAGUCCGGGAAAUAUAUAGCAGCAUUAAAAGCUUUAAAAAAGUCUAAAAGUUUAGAUGAAGAUAAUUGGUUUGUGCAAUAUUUAAUAGGUGAUGUUCAGAAAAAAUUAGGAUUCUAUAAAGAUGCAUCUGAGUCAUAUUAUUCUGUUCUUAAGCACCAUCCAGAUGAAUUUGUAGUUACUUUAGCAUUGUCGGAAAAUUAUGUUUUUUGGGCAUCAUCAUGGAAAGAAAAAGGAUUUUACAAAAAGUCAGAAGAGUAUGCUAUUAAAUGCCUUAAAAUAAUUGAGGAAUCAAAAAGUAGUGGGAAAAAGAAUAGUUCUACUCUUUGGGUUAUACUUAGUAGGGCCUGUUUUUUGCUUUCUAGUUUUUAUAUUGUUGAUUCAGAGUCAUUAAUUUCAUUAUUAAAUAUAUUAUAUGAGGAACACGAUUUUGCUGGUGAAAAGUUAGUUCCAAUUAUUGAUGAUUUGCCCUUAGAUAAAAAAGAUUUGUUUGAUACUAAUAAUUCUCGUUAUUUGUUAUUAUGGGCAUUUUUGUUUAUGAAGAGGGCUGUUAGAGUUUCUGUAAAAAAUAGGGCAGCACAUUCAAUGUCUUGGUACAGUUUAGGACAAAUUUUAUUUUUGAUAUAUCUUCAAAAUACAGAUGCAGAUGGUAAUUGGAUUCAUUGUUCAAUUUAUUGUUUAAAAAGGGCUAUCAAAAUGGAUUCUAAAAAUCCUACUUUUUGGAGAGCAUUUGGUGUAGUUAAUUCAACCUUAAACCCAAAAAUUUCUCAGCAUGCUUUGAUCAAAUCUUUAAAACUAGAUGAUCAGAAUCCUGUUACAUGGGCAGAUCUUGCGACAUUAUAUAUGAUAAAUGAGGAUUUUGAUUUGGCUUAUGAAGCAUAUAUGAAAUCUCAAAUUGUUGAUCCAGACUAUUGGGUUUCUAGGAUAGGUUUAGGCUUCAUAUCAAAAAUAAUGGACGAUAUCUUAGAUGCUAAAGAACAAUUCGAGAUUUCAUUUAUUAAUUCAUCUCAAAAUAUUCCUAUUGUAAAUUAUUUAUUUGUAACAUCUUCAUAUGAUUAUCUAAGGAAAACAUCUCUUUCUGAAUUAACAGGAAAUCUUACUACUUAUGUAUUCGCAAUACAGAAAUAUCUUGAACAACGUCCUACUGAUUAUAAUGUAUUAAUACUGAUGUCAUUAUUAUUGGAAAUGAGUUAUGAUUGGACAAAAUCUAUUUUAUUUUCAUCAAAAGCAUGUGAUAUUUUAGAAAAAGAAUAUGAAGGAAAUGAGAAUCCUGAAAUCAUAGCACAGUUUUUACAUGCGAAAUCAAGCUUAUCAAGAGCUUUAUUGGCUAAUAAACAAUAUGAAAUGGCUUUAGAAAACGCGCAGAUCGUUCUUAAUUUAACUGAAGGAUCAGAAACCUCCUCUAAUAGGCUAUCUUGUUAUCUUGUAGCUAGUAUCUCCUUAUUUUAUUUAAACAGAAUAAUAGAUGCCUUGGAAAUGUUUCAAAGCAGUCUUAUGGAAUUUAAUGAACAUCCAGAUAUCAUUGUCCUACUCUGUAAAAUCCUUUGGGCAACAGGUGGCCAAGAAGAACGUGACAUUGCUCAACAACAAUUGCUUGAAUGCAUUUCUCAUAACUCUAAUCAUAUAUGUUCUUUACUGCUUCUUGGUAGUAUUGGUAUCAUAAAUCAAAAUGUUGAAGUAGAAGCAACUACUUUGAAAUAUUUACGCCUACUUGACUGGGAUGAAAGAAAAAAACAUGAUGUAGAUCAUAAUAUAGAGAGAUAUUUGGAGUUUUGUGCAUAUUCAAAGGGUAAUGAUCCAAUAUAUAUAUAUCUUUCUGCAUUGAAUAUAUAUCCUUCUUCACCAAUUAUAUGGUCAAGACUUGCUUUACUGGAGAACAGUUACGAUGUUUCUUUGAUGGCCUUACAAAUCACUCUAAGAAAUCCUUGUUCACCUGAAAUUUUGGCGUCUGCUUAUAAUCAAAUGUUAACUAUUUUUGAUUGUUUAAAAGCACUUCAUUUAGCCCCGUGGCUUUCCAAGCAUUGGAGAACACUUGAAAAGCUUAUAAUAUAA